GUACGGACCGCCUGAUGACACUGCUUCCAUUACCUCCCGACUGUAUUGCCUUAGAAGAGCUGCCGCCAUCCGAAUGCCCGCAAGGAAUCCUGAUGGAGCUGCUCGGGUCGCUGCAGCAUCCCUACAUCUACCCGGUGCUGGAUAUGGGCUUUUUCUCCACCGAUUCCACCCACUACGCGUGUCUGGUAAUGCCAUUCAAUCCCCGCGGAAGCCUGAAGGAUCUCAUUUAUAAGUCCCAAUGGAACGAACCGUGGAGCCGUAAAUACUCCCGGAAAUCCACCUGCUUGCCCCUGUCACAGGUACAACGAUUAGGUCGUCAAAUUUUAGAAGCGUUGUUAUUUCUACGGGAACGCGGAAUUCCCUCGCACGGCCAUUUGCAUAGCGGAAAUGUUAUACUGCAGAAUGGUGUGGCCCGAUUAUCUGGGCUGGAAAACGGUCUCCUGGGGCUGAGCUCCCGCGUCAAUGCGGUGGUGUGGGCCCGAUCAGCCCCGGACCUGGACAACAUCGAUGUCAUCUGCUUCGGCCACUUGCUGUUCGAAAUGUGCGCCGGCUACGAGCUGACAUCACCCCAGCCGACGCCCGGACACUAUCAGCUCGAUCUCGAACGCUAUCCACAGGUUGUCGACGUGCUGCAGAUGAUUUUCGAGUCACCAGAUGGCCGCUAUCCGACCGUCGAAGAACUGGUCCUUUGUGAUAUAUUCCGCAAUAUCGAUUUAAGAGAACUGCGAGGAACAUAUGUGCCUUCCUUCAAACAUGGUUUGAGUAGCUCUACGCUGAGUCUGUUGAACGCCGUACGAAGACGACAAGGUGCGAUACUAAGUGGAUCAUACAGCGAGGGCAGCUCACCGUGUACGCCACCGUCGACGCCACGUGAGCGGAAAACCGGUGACGUAGAAUCCUCCGAUCUGUCUAGUAGUGAUUCCGAAGAUCUGUUAGAUGAAAUAGUUAUAGCGUCAGCUCGUAUCGACGAUCCCGCCCAUUACGAUCCACUGAGCUCGCCGAUACAUUACUGUGACAAUAACGUUCACUCGGACGAUAACAGCAAUAGUAAUACAAUCAUUCGCAUAGAUUCGAUCGAGUCGCAGGGUUCGACGUCCUCGUCCGCUGGAUCGAUACAGCUGCAACAGUUGAAUCCAUCGUCAGCGUACAAGAAUCUGAAAUCGCGCCGCAUGGAGUACAGCCGCCGAGGCAUGAUUCUUGGGCUGAGCAAUCCCUCGCAGGAUUCCGCCUUUGGUUCAAUGACCGACGGCGAAUCGUCCCGGGCAUCCAGCUUUAAGUUGAGCAGCUUUGCCUCGAUGAACUCGCCGAUCGACGAGGGCGUUGAAGAUCUGUUGGUGGAAGGUAACGGCACCGAAACGAUAGCAACCACCAUGGCCGGUUUGAAGUAUAUCGACUCAGCUGGAUCGUCACCCUGUCAUGAUCAUCAUAGUAGUAUAUCACCCCGUGAUCAUCACCCGGGAUCGUCAUCUUCAAGGGACAUUUCCCCCAAUCACUCGAGCCGCUAUCUGGAGCCACCGAAACUAGUGAUAAACAAUCAUUCUUGUGCGACCACCAACACCUCGCUGCAUUAUAGCACAUCGCCGAUCCGCAAAUGUGCCACAAUGGAAGUGUUCUCGCAGAAAUACAGGGUAUCUUCCUUCGAGGACAUGUCCUACUCGUCCCGAUUGGCAAACAAAUCGAUCAAAAAUAGUAGUAGAAAAAUUUUCCGUUCCUUUGAAGAAGAGCGCCGAAUAGAUUCCGCCUUUAUGCCAAUUGACACCAGAUCAUCUAGCAUAAGUAGCCGACUUGGCCAACAGCAGCAGCCGCAACAGCAACAUCAACAAUCGCUGCAUCCAACGAAAUUGCGACCACAAUCGUUUAAUCAACUACAUCAUCAAACGUCUCUGCCACCGAUGCAGACGCCUACAUCACCGAAACAACUCGUUACCCCUGCGCAGUACAAUCAACUGACCAAAAAAAAGAAGAACGCUUCAUUCCAAAACCUGCAAAGCAUUGCUACACCACGCGAUCGAACCUACCAGUGGCGAAACAAACUAAUCAAAUCUAACGAAAGCCUUUUCGAAACUUCUUUCAACAUGUCACCAUCGGCGACAACCCAGAGCGAAAUCGACCGAUUGUUGAGCCACGGAAGCUCUACGCACGAGCUGCCAACGACGUCGACGGCAGCUACACGAGCAGAAACCGAACGCUUCAUGCUUACGCCGGAACCGGUAGUCAUGAAUCCGCGGCGCACCCGAACCGAUCGGCAGCAGCUGUUCAGCUUGGCCAAGUUCAAACACAGCACCAUUCUGGACAGUAUCUCCCUGGAGGAUUUCUCCGAGGAAGAUCGACGGGAUAGUUUGCAUACUGUCACCACCACCAGCAGUAUUUCGACCAGCUCGGCGACUUCGACGGCUGAUCGAACCGAAAUAGAGGCCCACAAGCUGGAGAAUUCUUCGACGGAUGACGUCAGCGAUCAGGACAGCAGUAGCGUUACCGAUUCGUUGCUCAAAUCUCCACUUCAGCAGCGGCGCCAGAGUAGCAGCUGUAGCAGUGCCGCAUCCGAGGCCCGGCGCUAUCUCGAUGACAACGUCGGAGGCAGUGAUGCCAGCUUUGGCAGCGGCAACGAAGAGAAAACGCCCCUCCUGGAAGGUAUGGAACUAUCCCCCAUCUCUCCUACUGAGUCCGAACAAAUGUUGUGAUAAUAUAGUGGUAAAAGUGUGAACUAUUUUUCUAUCAA